UAAGUUUUAGAGGAGAAGAUACUCGUCACACUUUCACGGGUCAUCUCUACGAUGCUUUGCAACGAAAAGGGAUCAACACCUUCAUGGAUGAUGAUGGACUGAAGGGUGGACAUCAAAUUUCACUCUCUCUUGUUGGAGCUAUCCAGGAAUCAAGGAUUUCAGUUGUUGUUUUCUCUGAAAACUAUGCAUCUUCCUCUUGGUGUCUUGAUGAACUUGUCCAGAUAGUUGAGUGUAUGGAGAUGAAGAACCAUUUGAUUUGGCCAAUCUUUUACAAAGUGGCACCAUCUGAUAUAAGGCAUCAAAGAAAUAGUUAUGCUGAAGCCAUCACUGAACAUGAAAAUAGGUUCGGAAAAGAGUCUAAAAAGGUGCAAAAAUGGCGAUCAGCUUUGUCUCAAGUUGCCAACUUGAAAGGGUGGCAUUUCGAAACUGGGUACGAAUAUGAAUUUAUCCAAAAGUUUGUUGAAAUGGCUAUUGCUAAAUUACGUCAAUCUUUUUGUAACUACGAUGUUUUUCUUAGUUUUAGAGGAGAAGACACCCGUCACACUUUCACGGGUCAUCUCUAUGAUGCUUUCCGAAGGAAGGGAAUCAACAUAUUCAUGGAUGAUGAUGGAUUGAAGGGUGGGGACCAAAUUGCACUCUCUCUUGUUCGAGCUAUUCAGGAAUCAAGGAUUUCAGUUGUUGUUUUCUCUGAAAACUAUGCAUCUUCCUCUUGGUGCCUUGAUGAACUAGUUGAGAUUGUUGGGUGUAUGAAGAUGAAGAACCAAUUGGUUUGGCCAAUCUUUUACAAAGUGGAACCAUCGGAUAUUAGAUAUCAGAGAAAUAGUUAUGCUGAAGCUAUGACUAAACAUGAACGUAGGUUUGGAAAAGAGUCUGAAAGGAUGCAGAAAUGGCGAUCAGCUUUGUCUCAAGUUGCCAACUUAAAAGGAUGGCAUUUCGAAACUGGGUAUGAAUAUGAAUUUAUCCAAAAGUUUGUUGAAAUGGCCAUUGCUGAAUUACAUCAUGAACAAUUAGAUGUUGGUGAGCACAUAGUUGGACACCAGUCUUGCAUACAGGAAGUGAGGUCACUUUUACAUAUUGAAUCUCGUGACAAGGUUUGCAUGGUGGGAAUUCAUGGAACAGGUGGAAUAGGGAAGACAACACUUGCCAAAGCUCUAUAUAACAUGAUUUUUUAUCAAUUUGAAUGUGCAAUUUUUCUUGAAAGUGUUAGAGAAACAUCAAAGCAAAUGGGGCUUGUACAUCUUCAAGAGACAAUGCUAUCUAAGCUGCUUGAAGGGAAAAUUAUCAAGUUAAGCAGUGUAGAUGAAGGUGCCGCUAGAUUGAAAGACAGGCUUCGGCAUAGGAGAAUUCUUCUGGUGCUUGAUGAUGUAGAUAGUGUGGACCAGUUAGAAAAACUAGCAGGAAAUUGUAAUUGGUUUGGUUCAGGUAGCAGAAUCAUUAUAACAACAAGGGAUAAGCAUGUGUUAACUAUUCAUGAGGUUGAAAAGAGAUAUGAAAUGAAAGAGUUGAAUGAUCAUGAAGCUCUUCAACUUUUUUGCUGGAAGGCCUUCAAAAUGAGUCAACCGGCAACCAGCUAUGAAGAUGUGUCUAACCGUGCAGUUCGUUAUGCCAGAGGCCUUCCAUUGGCAUUAAAAGUAAUUGGCUCCAAUUUGGUUGGCAAAUCCAUAAGGGAAUGUGAAUGUGCAUUGGAACAAUACGAGAGGAUUCCGGAUAGAAAGAUACAAGACAUACUCAAGGUAAGCUAUGAUUGCCUAUCAGAGAAUGCACAGUAUGUCUUCCUUGAUAUUGCUUGCUUCUUUAAAGGGGAGAGAAGAGAAUAUGUUGAAAGAAUUUUAGACAAAUGUGACUUUUACCCAACAUACAAUAUUGGAAUACUUGUUGACAAAUCUCUUCUUACUGUUGAUCAAUAUGGUCACUUAAGGAUGCAUGAUCUAAUACAAGACAUGGGCAAAGAAGUAGUUAGACAGGAAUCGCCAAGAAGACCUGGUGAACGUAGCAGGUUAUACUUUCAUGAAGAUGUUCUCAAUGUUUUAACAGAAAAUUCAGGAAGCAGUACUAUUGAAGGAAUACUGUUAGAUCCACCGAAGGAAGAAGAAGUUGAAGUAGAGUGGGGUGGCAUUGCCUUCGAAAAGAUGAGUAAUCUUCGAAUUCUGGUUGUGAGGAAUGCACACUUUUUAUCAGCACCUAAAUAUCUGCCAAGUAGUCUAAGGUUGCUUGAAUGGAAGGGUUACCCAUCAGAAUCACUCCCACCAGGAUUUUAUCCAAGGAAUGUUGUUGUCUUAAGUUUACCACAUAGUCAUUUCAAACUAGAAAAGGAAAAUAAAUUCCCGAAACUCAAGCAUUUGACUGAACUGAAUUUCUCUUAUUGUCGAUUCAUAACUCAUCUACCUGAUGUGUCUGGAGUUCCAUCUUUAAAGCACAUAAAACUUAUUGCAUGUAGAAAACUGAUUUCGAUUGAUGAAUCUGUUGGAUUUCUUGAGAAGCUUGAAAGUUUAGAUGCAAGAGAAUGUGGCAAGCUAAGAAAAUUCUCAUCAAGAAUCUGGUUGCCAUCUCUCCAACUUCUCAACUUUGAAUUUUGUAACAAUUUGCAAUCAUUCCCUGAAAUAGAGAAAGUGAUGGAUAAGCCCUUAGACAUUUGUUUAAAUGAUACUAAAAUUAGGGAGUUGCCAAGUUCUGUGUAUAAUCUUAUGGGACUCAAAACUGUAAGUAUGUCAGCAUGUAGAAGAGUGAGAAAUCUACCAAGUACCUUAUUUAUGUUGCCAAGGAUUGUUGAGUUGAAGUUUCAGGGCAAUUUUCAAGUUCGAAAAUCAUUUAGAAGCUUCCGAAAUAGCCAUGUAAUAACAACCAUUAGCCACUCUCCUUUACGACGAUUGUCAUGUAUAAAUUGUGGUUUAACAGAUGAAGAUCUCCAAUUUAUUCUUAGUUGUUUUCCAAACUUGGAAGAGCUAAUAUUGCCAUGGAACAAUUUUAAGUCUCUCCCUACAUCCAUUAAAGAAUCUUCUAACUUGACAGUUCUUGAUGUAAUUGGUAACGAGAGACUUAAGGAAAUUCCAGAGUUGCCAUCAAGUAUUCAGAUAGUAUUGGCUAGAGGUUGUUCAUCCUUAACUUCAGAAACAUCAAGAAUGUUAUGGUCUCAGGCAUUGAAGGAAGUCUAUAAAUUACAUGUUUUGAUGCCAGAAAGCCAGUUUCCAAAUUGGUUUGAUCAUCAAUAUGAAGGUGGAAUUGUGUCCUUUUGGGCUCGUGGACAAUUUCCCAUCGUUGCUUUAGCUUUUCUCUUCAAAGACAUGCCACUACCACCCCGAAUUCUAGUUAAUCAUAGCAUUCGUAUUCACUUGUACAUUAAUGGACGAGAAGUGGUUAAAUUAAGUUGGUCUGGGUAUGGACUUGAAGGAGACCAUGUGUUCCUAUGUGAUGUACGAUCUGGGGUUGGUGCUGAAGAGUGGCCAAUUCGUGACAUGUUGCAUGCAUCUGAUUGGAAUCAUGUGGAGUUUAAAUGUGAUUCACCUGCAGGUUUGAUCGUGAGUUAUUGUGGUGUUCACGUGUAUAAACAAGAAACUAACAUGCAAGAUAUUCAAUUCACACGUCCCAACCCAUUGAAGAGAAAACCAUCAAUAACAAGUCAUAAACUACCGAAGAAGCGUGUGAGAAUGCUCAAGUCUAACAUAGACAAGAGAAAGACACCAAGGAAAUUUACUCAGUUAUCUUCUGGGAGAAGAAUGAAAAUGGUAUUUCCUAUGAAUAAAGGUUUUUGGAGAUUUUCCUAUGGCUUUAGUAUGUCAAAGAAGAACUAGCUGCUUUGAAAUUGUCAUUUCAUGCCUGCUGUCCAUUCUAGCAGGAGUACUAACAAUUAGGAAUUCAUGUUAUUAUAG